AUGUCCGGCUUCUUGAACUCGAUAGGACGUCUCCGCGCGCCCAAGCGCUCCCCUACCACACCGGGCCAGCAACAGUACUUUGACCCCCUCCCUUCCCCUGGCUUAGAGUUCGGGCAGAAUCCACUCGGUAACUCCCCUCAGCCCAAGCCACUAUAUCUAUGCCAACCGUUCGUCAAGGCCGCGCUGGUCAAAGGGAGCUUCAAGACCAUUGUCGCUCCGCCAAAGUAUGUGGACGUGAACGAAUGGGUAGCUGUCAAUCUAUUUGACUUCUACCACAACCUGAAUCACUUCUACGGCGCUUUGACCGAUUUCUGCACCAUGCAGAACUGCCCCACCAUGGCUGCUGGACCAAGUAUCAAUUUUCUCUGGCCAGAUCAGUCACAAAGACUAGUCUCCUUGCCUGCACCGACAUAUAUCGACUUUGUCAUGUCAUGGCUGCAGAAGCUGCUCGACGACGAGUCUGUCUUUCCAACCAAGAGUGGCCGCGACUUCCCUCCCUCCUUCGCCUACACCGCCAAGCACAUCUACAAACACCUCUUCCGGAUCUUUGCCCACCUCUACCACGCCCAUUUCGAGCAAAUCCUCCACCUCUCGGUCGAAGCGCACUUCAACUCGCUUUUUGCCCACUUCCUGGCGUUUGGCAAGGAGUUUGAGCUGCUGGGGAUGAAGGAGCUCAUGACGCCAGAAGGAAUGGGUCAGGGGGUGGCGCAAUUGAGCGAUAAAUGGCGGGAGAUGGGAAUACUGGAGUCAUGA